AGUAAGUUAAUAAAUUGUGAUGUGGUUAUUCAGUUCGUGUUCACGUUCAUGUUCAUCGAUCAGUGCAGUUCAGUAGUGGAGUUGCCUAGAUCUGAACCCCAGCGCCUCCGGAUCAGUUUCUACAAAUGGCGAUUUCGAUAUCCGCCACGUGUCCCACACGCUGCCCCCACUCGCCACGUUCCCUCUUCCUCCUGCUGCUUCUCCUCUUCAACAGCACUCUUGCAAUUCUCCGAUUCUGUCGCAGGAACUCGAAUCGAUCGUUGCUACAGAUUCUGCUGCUCCCUCUUCUCACGGUACGGUAUGGUUAGUAAAACCUAUGAAAAAUUAUGGAACGAAUUUCUUCGGAGAGUGAGGAGUUAUUCCUGGUCACUUAAGUCGAGUGCGCAUCAUCAUCGUAACGAUACAAAGUGUUCUGUAAAGAUGGAUCAUGAUUAUUCGUUGCGUGCUGGUUUUCAAAUGUUGGAUGCGGAUUUCUUCUCCAAUGCCAAGAUGUUGGAGAUUGAAAAAGGAGCCAGGGAAUCCAACAUUCCUAUAAUGAGAUCGAAUCGGAAACUCGUUGCCUCAGUCAAUGGAGGAUUAGAAAAUCCAUCUUGUCUGGCCUUCACUUCCACGUGGAAUCACAACGAUGUUCCGGAUGCCCCGAAAGGAUUUAAAUAUCCCCAUCUAUCAGGUGUACAGAGGCCGAGUAACGACAAUGAAACUGCUUUUAUGAGUAUUCUUGAACUGGGGGAACUGAUGAAGUCCAAACAGAUUACAUCGGUGGAGCUUGCACGCAUCUUUCUGAAUAGAUUGAAGAGAUAUGGUCCAAUCCUCGAGUCUGUAGUGACUAUAACGGAAGAAUUAGCAUACGAGCAAGCAACACGGGCUGAUGAACUACUUGCAAAAGGGAUCUAUUUAGGUCCACUCCAUGGAAUUCCAUAUGGUCUGAAGGAUACAAUUGCAGUACCCGGAUACAAGACGACUUGGGGCUCAAAUCUAUACAAAGAUCAUGUUCUUGACACCGAAGCAUGGGUUUACAAAAGGCUAAAGUCUGCUGGGGCAGUUCUUCUUGCAAAGCUCGUGACAGGUUCGCUUGCAUAUGAUGACAUCUGGUUUGGUGGUCGAACCCGGAAUCCUUGGAAUAUUGAGGAAUUUUCUACAGGUUCAUCUGCUGGACCAGCUUCCAGUACCUCCGCAGGUAUGGUUCCCUUUGCGAUAGGGUCAGAAACUUCUGGAUCAUUGAUUUAUCCCGGUGCUCGCUGUGGUGUGACUGCCCUGCGUCCAACAUUUGGAAUGGUUGGUCGAACUGGUGUCAUGAGCUUAUCGCAUAGUUUGGACAAACUCGGACCUAUGUGUAGAAGUGCUGCAGAUUGUGCAAUAAUUCUGGAUGUGAUACGGGGAAAGGAUCCAGAUGAUCUUUCGUCGAGAAACAUCCCUCUUUCUGAUCCAUUUGCUGUCGAUAUAACAAAGCUGAAAGUAGGGUACCUUGAAGAUGCUGAGAUGGAAGUUGUCCAAAUUCUUCAAUCGAAAGGGGUCAAGAUGGCUCCUUUUAAGCUGAAUUACACAGUGGAUACUGCUCAAGGCAUCCUGGAGUUCACGAUGGAUGUCGACACGUUGGCUCACUUUGACGAGUGGCAGCGUUCAGGCCAGGAUGACGAAUACGAAGCUCAAGAUCAAUGGCCAGUGGAACUUCGCCGAGCCCGUGUUAUACCUGCUGUUGAUUAUGUUCAAGCGCAAAGAGCACGAGGAAAACUGAUUCGGGAGGUGCGGGAGGGGUUUAGUGUGGAUGCAUUUGUUGGAAAUGCAACAGAUUGGGAGAAGAUCAGCAUCGGCAAUCUUGUGGGGAUGCCUGUAAUUGUAGUACCAACUGGAUUCAAGAAAAUAUCCAAUGCAGCAGACUCUACCCGAAGGAGAACGACCGUGAACACUGGAAUUUAUGCUCCACCGGAACACGAUCACAUUGCGCUGGCAUUGGCAAUGGCGUAUCAAUCGGCGACUGAGCAUCAUAAGCAGCAGCCACCAAUUGACGAGGUUGGCCCAGACGACUCGAUACCCAAUCAACCUGCUGCUGCAGCUGCUUGAUAAAGGUAAUUAAUUAAUUUGAUGAUAUAUCAGGAUGAAUAUAAUAUAUUAUAUUAUAUGAGAGAAGCUUUUAUAAGUGUACUUGAUUCUACCAGGAUGAUCAUGAUAGAUAUCUAAGACGUAUAUAUGACAACUCGUACGAAUGACUAUAUGAUAAGUCCUUUUUAUGUUAUGUCUGCAAGUGAGUAAUCUUUUUGUGUAAGAUUGUACUAAUGUGUAAAAUAUUGAUUUUCUUUGUUCAAAUAUUUAAAUUUGGCUUUUCUUGUA